ACGUGUAAUAUUGCAAAUCGUGCAGGCGCCACCUGAAGGGGUAAAAAAAAACCCACACAAAAACCCUAAACCCUAAAAUACGCUGCUCUCCAAAUGGGUCGCCGAAAGAACAACACCAAUCAGGGCUCAACGAGCUUCAACAACAACAACGACGACAUGCAGCAGCCCCAGGGAAGCAAGAUUCGUUUCCGAGACGACGACGACGAUGAAGCUCUCAACGAGGCCGCGGACAGCUCCAACCUCGACGAGUCCAUGUGCGACCUUGACGGCUCCAUUGCUGGUUGCGACAAGGUCAUUGACGACUCCACGUGCGAGCCCGACGUCUCUUUCAUCGAUGCAGAUGAUAAGACCAGCGCUGACUAUUACUUCGAUUCCUACUCUCACUUUGGUAUUCAUGAAGAAAUGUUGAAGGAUGUUGUGAGAACAAAGACAUAUCAAAAUGUUAUUUAUCAAAACAAGUUCCUAUUCAAGAAUAAGAUCGUUCUCGAUGUGGGAGCAGGGACUGGGAUUCUGUCUCUAUUUUGUGCAAAGGCAGGGGCAGAACAUGUUUAUGCGGUUGAGUGCUCGGAUAUGGCUGACAUGGCAAAAGAAAUAGUUGAAGCAAAUGGAUAUUCAAAUGUUGUGACAGUUCUAAAGGGAAAGAUUGAAGAAAUUGAGCUUCCGGUCAAUAAAGUGGAUAUAAUUAUCUCAGAAUGGAUGGGAUACUUUUUGUUAUUUGAGAAUAUGUUAAAUACAGUUCUAUAUGCUCGUGAUAAAUGGCUUGUCAAUAAUGGAAUUGUGCUGCCUGACAAAGCUUCUCUUUAUUUGACUGCUAUUGAGGAUGCAGAGUACAAAGAAGACAAGAUUGAAUUUUGGAAUAAUGUAUAUGGAUUUGACAUGAGCUGUAUCAAAAAACAAGCGAUGAUGGAGCCUCUUGUGGACACAGUUGACCAAAAUCAAAUUGUUACAAACUGCCAGCUACUCAAGACAAUGGAUAUCUCUAAGAUGGCACCUGGUGAUGCUUCCUUUUCUGCUCCUUUUAAGCUCGUCGCUGAACGUGAUGAUUACAUUCAUGCUCUUGUAGCCUACUUUGAUGUAUCAUUUACUAAGUGUCAUAAAUUGCAAGGCUUCUCAACAGGACCAAGAUCACGGGCUACUCAUUGGAAGCAAACAGUCCUUUACCUGGAAGAUGUGUUAACAAUAUGUCAAGGAGAGACUAUUGUCGGAAGUAUGACUGUAGCUCCAAACAAAAAGAAUCCACGUGAUGUUGAUAUAAUGAUCAAAUAUUCAUUAAAUGGGCGGCGAUGUGCGGUCUCGAGGAUUCAACAUUACAAGAUGCGAUGACUUUGGCCAAUGUUAUGCAUUUUUGCUUCAGAAAAAUGCCAUUUAGAUAUGUGUACGCAAGAAUGAGAUGGCAUGGUUUAUUUUUUAUGCCUGUACCUUUAAUUUAUUCUUCCAAAUUGAACAAAUUGAAAUUUGUAAUGCUGGAAAAUUUUGACAAUUUGAUUUAUAAUAUAAUGUCAGUUUGAUUUGAA